AUCUCACACUGGAAUAAGAGGGGAAAUUUUAUAGAUGGUAAUAUAGUGUCAUGAGUUUGGGGAAGCGAAAAUGAUACCAAGUUCAGUUCAAUCUAGUUGACACAUCUUUCAAAAGAUUUCCAGCGUUUCCUGUCAAGACUCGAGGACCAGUCGAGUGUUUGACUUCUUGAAACUUCGCCUGGAGGAAGCGAUUAACUCUUUCUUUUGGUUGGAACCUAGAUUAUACUCUCUAUUAUCUUGGAUGUAACCAAAGGCCACCGAUGAACUAUGUCAGAAUGUUUGUAAGACCGUAUCAUGGUAUUUGUUUUAUGGUUUUAUUAGUUGUAGUGUUUCUCUGUGAUGACCUCCAAUGUGACUUGCAGUUACCAAAGAAGUCUCAAGACACUGAACAUGUCUCGAAUUCAAGUUUGACUCAACGGUAUUUAUCGUACGGGGUAGCCUCAGAGGAAGGGUUCAAUUUAAGAAUGGACGUUUACAUACGGAUUGCAAAUCUUGUCAAGCUCCUUCGUCACCACCAUCGUCAGGAUUGGACCCUGGUCUUACCACCGUGGGAACACCUAUACCACUGGAACACCUCGCGAAAACAAGACCAAAUCCCAUGGGCGAUGUUCUUUGAUGUACCAAGCCUAUAUUUAUAUACACCUGUAGUCGAACUUGGAUUUCUACGGGAAACAUUGUUUGACGAGGUGAUGGUUUUGCAGCGUGACCGGAGUUGCUGCAUUUUUUUGGAAGAACAGAGGAUCCGCCGGGAUCAAUGCAUAGAAGACCCGGGGUACUUCCGUGACAGUCGAGGGUACCACCGGGGCCUAAUGGGGUCCUUCCAGGUAUCCUCGAUUAUGUACCAGUGUUAUACAGUCCAGGGCACUGCCCGCGUACUCCACGAUCAUCUCACCCACACUAAAUCAAGGUCAGUAUUUAUUGACAGGUUUGAAGAAGUGCUUCACAUUCACUAUGGACAGAAAGAUUACUGGGAGGCAAGAAGAAGUCUGGUAUUUGCGAAGCACCUGCGUGAUGAAGGAGAUAAAUUUAGAAAAAAGUUUCUUCAAUCAACAGAUGAAGAAGAUAACACUCUUAUGGAUGAAGACUGGAGAAAGAACAAGAAGCAGGAAGGCUUGGCCAAAGGGGGGCCCUACAUCGGGGUGCACCUCCGAAGAGCAGACUUCCUUUAUGCCCACCCUGAUAAGGUACCAUCACUUGAUAAUGUUGCCAAGCAACUGAAGAAGUUUCUAAAAAAGGAGAAGCUUGAAAAGGUGUUUCUAUCAACGGAUGCUGACCAAUCAGAUGUUGACUACUUGAAGAGCAAGCUACCAAUUGUUAAGUACGACCCCCCGCAAAGGAUUCUGGAGAAGUUUGGAGACGGAGGAGUGGCGAUCAUCGACCAGUGGAUUUGUGCGCAUGCUCGGUUCUUCAUCGGCACUUGCGAGUCCACAUUCUCUUUCCGCAUUUAUGAAGAGCGAGAUAUUCUAGGUUUCCAUGGCGAUCAAACGUUUAAUUGUCUUUGUGGGGAUAAGGAAAUCGGCAAGUGUGAACAGCCAACGAAGUGGAGAAUUGUCUACUAGAUAGAGUCUAGACAACUCACAUAAUUACUAGGUUGUAAGAGUAGAUAAAAACAUUGAUGAGAUAAUUUUACUAGGGGUAUCGGAGUAGGGUUAGAGUAGAUCGUCUGCUAGACAACUCAUGAUAGAGUUGCUUGGAAAUAGGUUUGAAAAACGUAUACAAAGACUCCAGAAACGUAUGUGAAAUACAGUUUAUCCCUAAUAUAGCGAGCACUUUUUCCCAAAACCACAAUUUCAAACUCUGUAAAUUGUGCUCCCACACGGGACCGAAAAAGUCGGUAUGGAGUCUCCUACGGAAGUAGGUUUUGAAAAAUAUAUAUACAUAUAUACGGAGAUUUUAUUUAUUACACUGUAAAAACUUUAUUAUAAUGAUAAUAGAUGUAGUCCUUAGGUCUUAAAAGCAAAACACAUAAUGAGUUUGCAGCUAGAACUCCAUAUGCCGAUCGGCAUUUGCCGUAAUUUAGAGCACAGUUUGUGGUACGCAAAGAUCCUAUCCACCUUCCCCAUGUCCCGCAACUGAGGUCAGGGGGCUGGCGAGGUUUUUUCCUUGACUUCGGUGGUUUCACGCGCGCGUCGCAAAGUGGGAAGUUGAAUUCAGAGUUUAAUGAGACACCGAGUAGCUCUACUGCAUUCUGUGGAGCGUGUUCAUGGCUACUUCGCGGAAGUGACCUCUAAAGAUGUCACCUUUCCGUCUACGAAAAGGUACGCAGGAGCACCAAGCCCUUAUUUCAUGCCGAAACUUUUCAUUCAUUGAAAAGUAGACGCAGAUAUUGAUAAAUCCGUUGCUAUAAAGAAAAACGUAACUUGCGGCAAUCAAAUUGCUGUUUGCCUCGUCACAUAUGUUAAAGACUAAGUAUAAGAAAUGUACAAUCAUCCAAAAAGACCAGCAGACAACAAAUGCCAGCAGGGUGGCUAUGAUCAUCCGCGUGGCCCUGGAUGCGGUGCGUGCGUUGCGCUGGUCGCACAGUGCCUUGCUGUUCUCCUGGCGUGUGGCGAGUCCACAGUUUGUACCCAAUCCACGUGUAGAUGAAAACCAUGGCGACGAGCAUCACUAGAAAGACAGCCAUCAUAAAGAUGCCAAUACGUCUCGCAUAUUGUAUUCUACAGACGACUUUUCCAUCACCACGCUCUACCAGGGAAAUCGACAUCGCACUUUCUACGCUCAAAAGCGCAACCAACCAUGUUGCGAGACCCUUGAAAUAAAAUAAAAGUGCUUGCGUCACGAA